AUGAUUUGGAAAAAUUAUAUAAUAGCAACAAUUCAAAUUAUUUUAUUAUCUUAAGUAAAAUCAAUUGAUGGAAUAAUAAAUUAACUUAAAUCUAAAUAAAACGUUACUUAAAAUGGUUUUGAUCAAAAUUCAUAAUUUAUUAAAUAAAUUUAAGAAUCAUGUAAAUAAAGAUUUAAUGAAAUUUUAAGUAAUUAUUGAAAUUUAUAAAAAGAAAAAAAGCUGAUGAUGAGAGAACUAUAAAAUUUAAAUAGGAAGAAUUAAAUAUAAUAAAUUUAGAAAUCAGAACAACGAUAUUAAUAUAUAAUAAAUUUAAGAUAGAAGAAUUCAAGCAGAAGCAGAUAAAUUAGAAAAAAAUUAUUUCAAAGUAAUAAGUUCAUAUCAGGAUUAGAAAAAGCAAAAGCAAUUUAUCACAAUUUAAAAGGGCAUUUGAUAUGUUGUUGAUGAAAGUGUAAAAUUACACAAUCAUCUAUAAUGAUUAUUAUAAGAUUAUACAUCUAAGGGUAACUAUAAAAUUUAGAUUAGAACAAUAGUUUUUGAUAAUAGUCCAAAAACCAUUUUAAAUUAUUGAUGAAAUUGUAGAAGUAAUUAAAUUAUUUAAAACUUAGAUUAGGAGAUCAAUAAAAUCAAGGAUUAUAUUAAGUAAAAAAGAAUAGAUACGGAUGAUAAAAUUAUAAACUUUAGCUAAUCCUAAAUUUAGGCAAAGUCUUGAAAAAUAAAAAUUAUGCUAAUUUCAAAAUGAUGUUGAGCAUGAAGAAAAAAUUUUAAUUAUUAAAAAUAAAGAAUGA